AUGGCGAAUAAGGAAAUGAGAAAGAAUGCCCUCGCUGUGCAUGAGGUCUCCAAAACAGCUCUUGGUGGCCACAACAAGGCAAAGGUUCCCCUGGCGCUACCUCAUGGGCAUGGCCACACACGCUCGCUGUCCGUCCCCCAGCUGGCCUUACUGCCCUCCAGGCAUCCCAGCGGCCUCCCCCCUCUCAAAACACAGACUUCUCUACCACCUCCACCGCCCCCGCACACCACCAGCCGGCCCCCGCUACCCAGACACCUCAGUGUUGAUAACGCAGCUCAGUGCUGCCCUCUGCCUGUGCCCAAGGAGAAGACGAAGACGACGUCCUCUCGGCUACCACAGUGGCCUCCCCGGCCCCCUGCUCUGCCUAGCAAGCCUGCCAACACCACCACCACCACCACCACCACUGUGUGCCGAACAAUAACUCACAGGGCUAACCUGCCUUCUCUGUCGUCCGUGGCCCAGGAGGAGCAGAGGCGGUCUCCGCGACCCCCUAAGAAGAGCCAGUCCUUUGGAGGACACGACCGGCCUCCUCCUGUGCACUCACGGCCUCUGCCACCUUUGCCCAAUGACAGGCCUGUCCCCGGCCCCGGAGCCAGCUUAGAGGCAACCUUGGGACCACCACUCCCACCUAACAAGCCAACCCUUAGAGGCCUGCCGCUACCCACCAGUGAAAACACUGCUGUCAACUCCCACAAUCACAAUACAGAGUCGUGGGAGGACAGGUUCACUUUCCACCAUGUGACUGAAUUGCCCCAGCCUGAGGCCUAUGUACCUGGCCCUAAGACCUACCCCAGCAGCUUUGUGAAGAGGCAUCCUAAAGGAAAAAGGGGAGGAUCUCCACUCUUACCUCCAGUAAAUAUUAUAUGAUGAAAUGUAUUCCUUCCAUGAUGUUAUAUUAGGCCCACUGUACAACCCUGUGGUGUAAAUAAGCUAUGUAAACUGUCUUACUUACAUGUUGAUGAUGGCGACGAAAUAUAGGUUAAAACAUUGAACACUGUCCACUGACUAUUCUUGGGGUCUGAAUUGAACCUAUUCUCAUUUGUAACAUGCUACUUGCAGUAAUUCCACCUCUGAGAGAUUCAAGUCUUGUCACAGAAUAAGGAUGAACAAGAGUCACAAUGUUUUAUCAAUUAGGUGUAUCACGUCUCAAAAGAAGACACUUGAGAGACAUUUGUUGGGCUUUCCAAACUGCUUAUCAACCAUACAUUUCUGACAUUAGGCCUAAUUGAUUAUUGGGCUAAGAAAAUAAACCAGGCAUGGUUAAAAUAAAAUGUGGAAGUUGCACUUAGCAUAUU